AUUUUUUGAAAAUGAAAUGUGUUGCUUUGGAGCUAAGAGAAGGAUGCAUAUACCAUUGAAAUGAACGUCACAAUUGAAAAUGCAAAUGGAACACGUGAGGAGCAUUGUGCUCUGCUGGCGGAUACUAGUUCGGGGACAACGGCAUCAGGAUCUGAAGAGGAGUCGUUGUCGAGAUCGAGUAAAAUGAAAAUAAGACGAAGAACUGUACGAAACCAGCGAGGACAUUGUCCAUUGCCACGCAGUGUGAGACGUCUGGGGUUUUUUACACUGUGUUUUUUCUUUGCCUUUGUAUUGCUGCUGAUCUACCUGCCGCUCAUCUACAUGGAUGUUCAGAAACGCAAUGUGAGUCUUCCGGAUUGGACAUACAAUACAUCACGCAACGUAAGGGACUAUGUGGACACUCUGCAAGACUCAGAUACUGCGACAAUUGUUCCGCGAGAAUUUUGCCGUAAGAAAACCUUUCUGAUCAUAGCCGUUUGCUCAGGUCUGGGUAAUUUUGUGCAACGUCAGACCAUACGUGAGACCUGGGGCAAUACCACCGAAUUCAAUUAUCCAGCUUUUGAAAAAAUGCAUCGGCAUUUGAAAGGUCAUUAUCUGAUGCCGAAGGCUGAGCGUUUGCGUUUAUAUUCGGAGUACCUGAGCGGAUCAACCAACAACCUGAGGGCGACCGUUCGCAUUGUUUUCAUCGUGGGACGUAGUCAAUAUGAAGCCAAUGAGACUUCAACUCGUCUCCACAAUGAGUCGGAACAGUACAACGAUAUUAUUCAAGAGAACUUUAUUGAUAGCUACAAUAACUUGACCCUGAAAUCCAUUAUGGCCCUAAAGCACAUAAGUCAGAGUUGUGGAAAUAGCACUGCAUAUUUUCUUAAAUGUGACGAUGAUACCUUUGUGAAUGUGCCCAAUCUGUUGCACUUUCUCCUUGGAGGAACCAUACCGCUCUACAACGAUACUCUCGACUAUCACGAUCGUUCAACAUUUCUUGUGAUGUCGGCACAAAAUCGACUAAACGACACCACAGAAGUGAUGCGUGGUCAUCAGUUUUGCAAUGUAUUGCCAGUUAGUGAUAUCAGUAGUAAAUGGUAUAUGCCCUACUAUAUGUAUCCGCGUGAAACGUAUCCCAAAUAUCUGUCUGGAGCAGGUUACCUGUUGUCCAUAGAUGUAGUCCAGAGACUGUAUGAGGCUUCUUUGAAUACAUCAAUCGUUUAUUUAGAAGAUGUCUAUAUCACUGGUCUUUGUGCUCAACGUGCUCAUAUCAAACGACAGCAUCAUCCACUGUUUAGUUUUAUUCACUCAAAACAUUUGUGCUCAUUCAAGGGCACCAUAGCCCAGCAUCAAUUGAAAGGUGAUACUAUGGUUGAGGCAUGGAAUUAUGUUUCCGAUUAUAGUAUUGAGUGCCCGCCACCUGGACGGUAUCUGAAUCAUAUACGAUUGCGUAAAAGCUCAAAUUGUUAGUCUUAGAUAAGUGUUGUUAGUUUAUUUUUUCGCAAAAAGAUUUUUAAUUCAAUACAUACUAUGUAUUUUUGUUUUUGUGUUCACUUUUAUUUUUGUUUAUAAAGAUAGUUACUUAAAUGCAAGAAACAUUGACUUUAUGAUACUAGUGUCCAAAAUUUAAGGAAGUGAUAUUAAUUGAUUUACCACUGCAUGGCUUAGUUUUUAGUUUAUUUCUAUUCAAUUAUCCUUACGUUUACGCCCAAUCGAUGACUUAAUAUACGCAUAUUUAUACGCACAUUUAUUUAUACCUGUGACUAUCAUCACAUCUACUUCUAUCACAUAUAUUCAUAUCAAUGUUAAAAAUAAUGCUAAGACAAAAAACAAAUGCGCUACUUACGUAUGUUUGGCUUCCAAUAUUAUUGUUAAAUCCCCCUCAUACCAUGUAAGUUAAUAUUCUAAAUUUGAUCAAACUAUGUAUGUAUGUAUGUAUAUUUAUUACGUCAUAAUUCGAAUCAAAAGAAAAAUAAAGAGAGAAGCUGAUA